AUGGUUGACUCAUUUCGACAAAGGCUGCAGGUGCGCAGCCAUCUUACUGAUUAUGGCAUGUUCUUGAUGGAAAUCAUCUACUUCACACGAAGAUAUACUGACGUCGUCAAUUAUUCUGUGCUCAUCUCUUCACUUAUAACUAUUUUACUUCUGGAAGUGUUAGUUUAUUUAAUGAGUAUCGUUGUUAAACGUUCAAGACAGCUGGCACGCUCCUCUUACUUAAACUCAAUAAGAUUGUGAAACUCAGCGUGACCCUUAGGCCCAUGGCUGCCCAGAUUUAGGACCUUCACUGAUGCAGACUUCCGUUGUCCUACAACUUCACUAGGCACGUCUCGAGCUAUCUUCGCCAUCGGCUAUCGUUCAUAUGAACCACUAUAACCCCUUCUCCUCCCUUCUGAUUUAUAUACGGACACUGCUCUACUACAAUAAAUGGCUACACUUGACGCAGAGUCAUUGUUUUUCACCAGAUGGCGACAUUAUUAGCAAGAACUCGUGCACUCAUUCCUUUCACAUAAUACAUC